GUCUGUUCUUUGGAGUAAGAGGAACAUAUGUGCCUCUUCCUAAGGGUUUCAAGAACAACGGUCUCUUCCUCAGGCUCUCAAGAACACCUUUAUUAAGAGACCCAAUGGAAACCCAUCAAUCCAUCGAACUCAAAGAUUUGUAUUCUUAGAAAAUCUAUACACAUCAAUGGCUUCAUCAUUUCAAGCUAUAAUACCAACAAAAUUUGAAUUCUCUUCAAUCGGAAAAAACGCACACCCUCGACUUGACCUUCUACUUUUAGAAGCCUGUCCAACAGUCUCACUCGGCCAAAAAUUUAUCACCCGGGGAAGUUCUUGGCGGCAAGUGAAAACAUUUCAAUUAAAUCCCAAAAAUGUAGCUUCAAAAGAGUUUCAUCAAAUUCCUUUUCCAUACUUUUUGCUUCACAUCAGCUUUGCGCAUCCGCUCUAUGCAUCUACUCUUUGCAUAUGCUCUCUGCAUCUGCGUGAAACUUGAAAGUCUUCCAGCAUCACUAGAGGAUUAAGGACUGAAUUAUCCAGUUUGUUGGUUGGUCCUAGCUCAAGAUUAGUAUUCCUGGGUUUGGUUAAUGUCUUUGUAUUCUAAAUAAGAUUCUGAGUAUAUAUUACAAAGAAUUAUGAGAUAUAUUACUUCUAGGCGAUAGUUUGUUGGACUCCUACAUCACCACGUGGGCUUUAACAUUGAAAGCUACAAUAUUUUUCAUGUGCAUUCAUUGGUUUUGAUGAUGGUUGCACAUGAUUUAGGAAAUAAAUUUAUAAUACUUUAUGAUCGCUUCAUGGAAAACAGAUCAAGACAGUUGCCUUGCUUCUAGUAAUCGGUUUAUUAGCAUCAAUAAUUGAUAUGUAUGGUUUGUAUAUG